GCGAUACUUUGAGCGUUGCGUUUCUCAGUUGCAGGAAGUUUAGCAGGUUGUUUGACCAUGUCGCAUUUGCAUAAUUAUUUGUGUGGUAUCGUCAGCUUCUUAACUCGUAGGAAUCCAUGUGUACUGGUGUUAGUGGCGAUAGAAAAUUGAACACUAACGAAUUUCUAAAGGGACAGAAAAGUUAUUACUUUUAUAGGAGAGUAUAGGGGUAUGUUCAAAUCGAAGAUUUACAGUAUAGGUGGUAUUGUGACCUCCACUCACACUACUUCCAGGUUCCGUUCAUGGUUUUAGUUACUUCAAAGAAAAUGGGUGGUAGUAUGACAAAAAUAUUACCUGGUUUGUAUGUUGGAGGUUUCGAUAAUGCCAAAAAUGAAGAAGAAUUAAUGGCAAAUUGCAUAUCUCAUAUUAUUAUUGUUCAAAAUUCGAAAAACGACAUUGAAAGAUCAAUAAGUCGUCAAUAUUUACAUCUUAUUGUCAGUGAAAAAUUAGAGAAUAGUUUGCUAAAUCAAAUUCAAUUGUCCAAUGAUUUUAUUCAUCGGGCCCGAUUGGAUAGUGGAAAUGUAUUAGUGUGCAGUGAUUCAGGUCUAUCAGCUAAUGUAGCUGUUGUUACAGCUUAUUUAAUGACUGUUUAUUCAUUAGAUUAUUAUUCAGCUAUUGGAGCUUUAAGAAGUUUACGAUAUGGUGCACAUCCAGUUGAACCUUUACAAAAACAAUUAAUAGAAUUUGAUAGUGAAACUAAUGAAAAAUUAGUUAAUAAACAAAAUCAUACAAAUAACACUCAUCGAGAACAACAACAACAACAGACUGAAUUAUUAGAUUCUUCUAAACAUCCAUUGAAUUCCAUAAUGUAUCUAACUAUCACAUCAGCAUCAGAACGUGAACGAUUGAAUUCAAUUUACGGUGAAUGGCCAUAUCUUGAAGAAGAUUUACAAAUUCUUCAUACUGCUUUAAAUUCUCACUUGAAUUCAACUGAAGAGUCAGAAUUUCUAUUUAAUAAUGAAUAUGAUAAAACUAUACAAAAUGACAAAGAAUAUGAUGUUGAUAUUGAUAAUAAUGAAAAUAAUCCAACUAAUACUCGUACUACUGUAGUAGUAGCUACUGUUAAAGAUAAUCAUAUUAAUCCUAGUAUACAUGGUAUCAGUGAUACUUCUUCAAUUCUCAGUGUUAUUGAACACAUUAAGGAUCAUGGUAGCCUAACUGAUUCAGCGUCAAUACAAUCUAAUUCAAAAUAUUUGGAUAAACGACAAGAUAAUACAAUAUUGAGUAAUAAUGAUAACAAUAAUAAUAAUAAUACUGAUGACGAUGAAGAUGGUUGUGGUAGUGUUGGUGUUUGUGGAAAUGAUCUAGAUAGUAUACCGUUUGUAACUGUUCCGAUAAAUGGUGUCCUUAUAUCAGACAAUGUAAUUGAAAAGAGUUCUUCCAAACCAUCUUCAAAUGAAUCUGACGUAUUCAUCGUUGAUUCAACACAGUUACCUAAAAGUUUAGAUCGUCUUUCCAAUGCUAGUUCAUCAAUUCAAAGUGAAAAUUCACUUGAAAUUGGUUUUGAAGUGAAAGAUGAUCUUGACGACAAUAUACCUGGAGCUAUUGAAAUUCCAGCAGUUGAUUCUAUGCAUAUACGUAGUUAUGGUACAGCUCAUACAUACAAUAAUCAAUAUGGUCGAUCGAAUCCAUGUCAUAGUAUAUAUAAAACUGCUCAUAGUUUAUAUCCUAAUACUACUACUAAUAUAAAUAAUAAAUUUACAUAUCAACAAAUAUGUCCAAAUACCACUUUAUGGAAUCCUUAUAAUUAUGAUAGAACUGAAUUAAUACAUACUACUCAAUUAAAAAAUUACAAUAAUCUGUCAACUACUGCUCCAAAUUGUGACAUCUAUUUUAGGACUUGAUAUUAUUUAGUGAUUUGUUAUUGUCUUUGUUUACAAUUGCCUUCAAUUUCAUUUAUUAUUAUUAUUAUUAUUAUUAUUAUUAUUAUUAUGAUUAUUAUUAUUACUAUUAUUCUCUAAACAUGUUUAUCAUGUUUAUUUAUUUAGCUAAUUUCAAUUAUUAUUUUCUUUGCUAUACACAUCAUUUGAUGCAUAAAGAAGUUACAUUUUGUUGUAGAGCUUAAAAACGAACUAGAUUUUAUUUUAUAAUUAAUCAAUGUGAAAGCAUCAAAAAAGAAAGAACAAAUAUUGUCGGGAUUUGAAUAUCACGAAAAUAGUUUCACUUUUCUUUGUAAAUAUAUAUGUUGUUAUCUAUUUGAAUAAAACUGUGGUUAUCUUUA